CGAAAUCAAAGGCGGAAACUUUUUAAAUCAUCUCAGAAGCACAAUGAAAUGUUAAGGCUUUCACAAUAAAAUACUGUGAUGUUUCCGCAUAAACCGGUAAUAUGUGACAUUUCCUAGCCCUCCUUUGAUCAUAUCAUAAACAGAUCUGUCGACGACGACGAGAUCAUCAAAAACAUUAAAAAAAAUAAAAUGUCUUUUGAAGGAUUUUCCCAAAAUGAAAUAAAUAGAAUAGCUGGUGCAAAAACUAAGAAACAUGAUGUUAAACUUGCCAGAAAAGUUCCGUGUCACACAAAAUUAAAACAAGUCAAUGACAAAGAAGAUCAUAAAUAUAUGAAUGGUGAUGACACAAUAUCUAAUAGUGAAAAUGGUAAAGAAUGUGUGGUGAAAGAGCAACAAGUGGAUGAGAAUAUAAUCGAUAUAAGCACAGCGUCAAAUCUACCUGCGAUUGAUGGAACAACAAUACCGGUCACAAAAGUGCCUCCAGUUAAAAUUCUAACACCCGAUGUAAUCUCACAAGAAGCCCAGUUAAACAGGAUACAAGAUUUUGAAAUCAACAGAAAAUUGAUGGAAGAGCAAAAUAAAAUAAAAAGGAAUAUUCUUCAUGAAGCUAUCAGUAAGCAUACGGAGAAAACAAAAGCGGAAGCAAAGAAACUCAAUGAGAUAAAAGUUGCACUUGAUCAACUUGAUUCAGAAUUAGCGACUGAUGUUUUGAUUUUAAGGAAGCAAAUUGAAACCGCCACAUUACAUUUUAAUAACACGGAAAAAACUUACAACGUGAUUGAAAAAAAUUUUUUGAAAGCAAAGCAGGAACUUUAUCAAGCUCACGAAAAAAAGGAAAUGUUGACUGAACAUUUAUACACAAUUAUAGCACAUAAUGAAGAUAGAAAAGCGAAAAAAUUAAGUGAAUUAAUGGAAAAGGUUGGACUUUCCCUUGACGAUACUAAAACAUAAAAUUUGUUUAUGUUAUUAAAUUUAUAGCUAAGGAUCAGCUUAAGUGCAAUCUGCAAAAAAAACACGAGAAAUGCCUUUAACUUGCUUUAUUAAAAAAUAUGUCUAGUUAUGUGAAUAUCAAAACAUUCAUGUCACUCCAAUUUCAACAACUUAUUCUAAAUUGAACACGUACUUUAAUAAAUUUUAAAUUUUAAUAAAAAUGAUUUUAACUAUCUUCAUCACUGCUGCUUUCACUAACAUUUUCAUUGACAGUUGUUUUUCUGAGUUGCUUCUGUUUCUUAUUUCUGUUUGUUUUCUUUUUAUUAUUCUCUUGAGAAAUAUUCCAGAAAGAUGCUUGAGCAGAAUACUCAACAAGUGGAGCGAAAUUUCUCACAAUUGCUGCUGUCAAUUCGUCA